AUGUCGACAACACGAUCAUCACCAUCAUCAACCUCAGCAACAUCAACAACAACAUUAACUACAUCAUCAACAAUAACUUCAACAACAACAACAACAUCAUCAGUAGCAGAAGUAACAUCAUCAACAUCUACAACGACAACAGCAGAAGCAACAUCCACAACAACAACAACAACAACGACAGCAAUACCGAAACGAACAAUGACAGGAACCAUGAGUGUCGCACGAUUUGGUCACACAGCAUCCACAUUAGCAAAUGGAUUAGUAUUAGUUGCUGGUGGAUACAAUAAUAAUACUUCUCUCAAUAGUGCUGAAUUGUACAAUCCAGCAGCAGGCAUUUGGACAACUACAGGAAGCAUGAAUACCACACGAGCAUAUCACACAUCAUCGACGUUAGCAAAUGGAUUAGUAUUAGUCACUGGUGGAAUAAGCAACGGUGUUUAUCUCAAUAGUGCUGAAUUAUACAAUCCAGCAACAGGCAUUUGGACAACUACAGCACGCAUGAGUGUCGUACGACGAUCUCAUACAGCAUCCACAUUAGCAAAUGGAUCAGUAUUAGUUGCUGGUGGACAGGUCACCAGCACCACUUCUACCAAUAGUGCUCAAUUGUACAAUCCAGCAACAGGUACUUGGAUAACUACAGGAAAGAUAAGCCUCGCACGCUUUUAUCACACAGCAUCCACAUUAGAAAAUGGAAAAGUAUUAGUUGCUGGUGGACAGAGCAGUGGUGGUGUUGUCAAUAUUGCUGAGCUGUACAAUCCAUCAACAGGCACUUGGACAACUACAAGAAACAUGAGUAACACACGAGCAAUUCACACAGCAUCCACAUUAGCAAAUGGAUUAGUAUUAGUUACUGGUGGAACCAAUGGCGUCACUCUUAAGAGUGCUGAGCUGUACAAUCCAUCAACGGGCACGUGGACAACUACAGGAACUAUGAGUAACGCACGAGCAGUUCACACAGCAUCCACAUUAACAAAUGGAUUAGUAUUAGUUACUGGUGGAGAGAACACUGGUGGUUAUCUCAAUAGUGCUGAAUUGUACAACCCAACAAAAGGUAUUUGGACAACCACAAGAAACAUGAGUGCGGAGCGACGAUUUCAUACAGCAUCUAUAUUAGCAAAUGGAUCAGUACUAGUUGCUGGUGGAGGGAACGAGGGUGGUCAUUUGAAUAGUGCUGAGCUUUUUCAAUUGAUAUAG